GUCUAAACAAUUGAGGGAUAUAUGGUUUAGUGGAGGAAGAAUUGGUUAGGUCUUGUACAAUUUUGUGUAUCUUCAACAAGGUUUUAAUCUCUAGUCAUGGCUUUAAGAGGAAUUGAUGUACAUGCUGCAUUUGAAGGUCCAGUUGAGGAGGCCAGAACAGAGGCUAGAAAAGCUGAAGAUUUACUGAAAAAAUUGGAUAUUCCGAGUCCUUCGUUGAGAAAUUCACCUCGUGGAAUAUUCUGCACCCGAACGCUGAAUCUAAGGUCAAUUAGUGCUAUUGGAUAUGACAUGGACUAUACCUUGGUGCAUUAUAAUGUGAAGGCUUGGGAAGGGCGUGCUUAUGACUACUGUAUGGAAAACCUCAAGAAUAUGGGUUUCCCUAUUGAUGGACUUGCGUUUGAUCCAGACCUGGUUAUCAGAGGUCUUGUGAUAGAUAAAGAGGGAGGCAAUUUGGUUAAAGCUGAUCGAUUUGGUUAUAUAAAAAUAGCCAUGCAUGGAACCAAAAUGCUAUCUACGCGUGCUGUGAGUGAGAUCUAUGGGAGAGAACUGGUGGACCUGCGGCAAAAGAGUCGAUGGGAGUUUCUCAACACAUUCUUCUCUGUGUCCGAAGCUGUGGCUUACAUGCAGAUGGUUGACAAACUUGAUGGUGGGAUUAUACCAUCCAAUCUUGGCUCCUUUGAUUAUAACGGGCUUUAUAAGGUUGUUGGAAAAGCUCUCAUCGCGGCACACGUAGAAGGCCGCCUCAAGAGUGAGAUUAUGUCUAACCCUGAACAGUUUGUGGAGCCUGAUCCGGAAUUACUCUUCACACUUUUGGAUCAGAAAGAGGCAGGCAAAAAACUUGUACUUAUUACCAACUCAGAUUAUCAUUAUACACACAAAAUGAUGCAUCAUUCAUUCAAUAGAUUCCUUCCCAAUGACAUGGGUUGGAGAGAUUUAUUUGACAUUGUAAUUGUCUCGGCAAACAAACCAGAAUUCUUCCAAAUGUCACACCCCAUGUAUGAGGUGGUGACAGAAGAGGGCCUGAUGCGUCCAUGCUUUAAGGCUCAAACUGGUGGUUUGUACUCAGGGGGGAGUGCGCAGAUGGUUGAAAGUUCCCUAAAUAUACAUGGAGAUGAGAUACUGUAUAUUGGAGACCAUAUUUACACUGAUGUUAGUCAACCCAAAGUCCAUUUGCGAUGGCGAGCAGCAUUGAUUUGUCGGGAACUGGAAGAAGAAUACACUGCCCUAAUUCGUAGCCGGGGUCGUAGACAAUCAUUGGUAGAGCUUAUCAAUCAAAAGGAGGUUGUUGUUGAUCUCUUUAACCAACUGCGGCUGGCUCUGCAGAGGCAAAGUAAAGGGCGUCCAGCCCAAAUUGUUGCUGCAACUAAUGUGAACAAAGAAAAUCUUACUGAACGCAUGCAAAAGUUACUUCUUGUUAUGCAAAUACUAGAUGGAAAAAUUGCUCCAAUGCUAGAGGCAGAUGGGGAGCUCUUUAAUAAAAAGUGGGGCUAUCUAUCGCGUGCUGGUUUGUGGGAUAAAAGCCACUUGAUGCGACAAAUUGAGAAGUAUGCAGAUAUAUAUACCUCUAGAGUGUCAAAUUUUUUAUAUUACACACCGUUUAUGUAUUUUGGCUCUCAGGAACAGAACCUUGCACAUGAUUCAUACACACACUAUUGUUCUCAAAUUGACAAUUUUCCUUCCUAUGGACAAUUGGACCAACAUGGUGGAGAAAUACAAGAAACAAAUGUAUCUUGUUGACUUAAAAAAGAUGUGUCAUUUCAAACUUGUACAAUGCUGUGAUGAUGAUAUACAAUAUUAUUCAAAUUAAUAAGUCUAUGAAAGGCCUAGAUAUCGUGUUAAUUUAACAGUGCUUUAAAAGUCCCCGUGUAAAUAAAGAUCAUUGGUAUUUUGGGUCAACAAUAAGGAAGCCGUAGUAAGGUACUUUCCCUAGACCGAAAGGUGUUUUAGUUGACUUUUGGUUUCAAUGAGAGCAUAGGCCGAAGCAAAAAGAAAUAAAUGCAAGGGAUUGUGUUUCCAACUGAAUCAGAAUGGCAUGUAUACAGCUAUAGUUGGUAUAAUCAGAUUGACGUGACACUGUUGCUGAUCAAUCAAAUUUGAUUAAA